AGAGAGAUGGACCCCGUGCUGUACCUGCUGGCGGCCGCGCUGCUGGCGGCGCUUCUCUUCUUCGCCCGCCGCGUCCGCGGACAAGCGCGCGCCGGAGAUGAAGAGCACGCUCGGAACGUGGCAGCCGCCGUGGCAGCCAGACCUCAGCCCCACGCCAGCGAGCGAGCAGAUGGGAUGCCCAGACGCCGGAGGAACCUGGGCAACAGGAUGUGGGCGCAGCGCCGUGCCCAGCAGGCAGAAGAUGCCAUGGAAGAGGAGAACGAUGAAGCUGAAGCUGCCGAGAUCCAUUUUUCUGGGAAGGUUGGAGCAAAGAAACAGCGGAAGCUAGAGGAGAAGCAAGCUAGAAAAGCUCAGCGAGAGGCUGAUGAAGCAGAGCGGGAAGAACGAAAGAAGCUUGAGCAGAAGCGAGAGGAAGAGCGGCACAAAGAGGAAGAGCGGCUGCGCCAGGAGGAGGAGAAAGAGGAAGAAGCAAAGAAGAAGGCCAAAGAAGAGGAAGAGCAGCGGGAAUACGAGGAAUAUCUCAAGCUGAAGGAGAGCUUCGUGGUGGAAGAAGAAGGGGUGGAGGAGGCCAUGACGGAAGAUGAGUCACGUAGCUUCUUAACGGAACUUCUCGAGUACAUCAAGAGCGCCAAAGUCGUUCUUCUGGAAGACCUGGCGUCCCACCUGGGGAUACGGACACAGGAUGCAAUUAAUAGAGUACAAGACCUGAUGGCAGAUGGAACACUAACAGGUGUAAUCGAUGACCGGGGCAAGUUCAUCUACAUCACGCCGGAGGAGAUGAGCGCCGUAGCUGAGUUUAUUCGUCGGAGAGGACGGGUCUCCAUUACAGAACUGGCCCAGCAAAGCAAUUCUCUUAUCAACCUGGAACCUGAGACCAGAGCAGUCACUAAGGGGCUGGCAUGAGGAACCUGUCGCUAGGUUUGGGGGACAGAAAUAAAGUGCCAUAUAAAAUGGGAAACAGCUCCCCAUACCUCCAAAUGAAUAGCUAAGAAGUGUGCCUGACCUGAAUUGCAAGGAUAUAUAUCAAAUGCGAAAGCAAAACAUGCAUAUAGGAAAAAUACACAGAACAGAUACUUGUGGAAA